UGUCAGAGUUAGUGAAGAACAACAUUAAAUCUUUUCCUUGCUUUCCACAAAAUGCUGCUGCACUGAAAAUGGGAAUGUGAACUGCAGGGCACUGACCAGUCCAGAGAACAUCUUAUGGAUUUUGUGAGGACAAAAGGGCCACGUGAAUUCUAAUUUAGAAGCCAAGAUGGAGGUGUUAAUGCCUGAACCCCAGAUUUAUGUGGAAAAGACUCUAGCUAUCAUCAAACCUGAUGUCAUUGAUAAAGAAGAAGAAAUAGAGGAUAUCAUUCUCCGAUCAGGAUUCACGAUCGUUCAGAAACGAAGGCUCCAGUUAAGCCCAGAGCAAUGUAGCAACUUCUAUGCAGACCAAUUUGGGAAAGUGUUUUUUCCUAAUUUAACAGCCUAUAUGAGUUCUGGCCCUUUAGUUGCUAUGGUUCUUGCCAGACAUUGUGCAAUCUCACACUGGAAGGAAUUGCUUGGACCAUCCAACAGCCUGAGAGCUAGGAUAACUCACCCUCACAGCUUAAGAGCACUCUAUGGGACUGAUGAGCUGAGGAAUGGGCUUCAUGGCAGUCUCAGCGUUUCCUCGGCAGAGAGAGAGAUUCGAUUCAUGUUUCCAGAAGCGAUCCUGGAGCCAGUUCCCACUGGACAAAGAGCAAGGGAUUACUUGAACCUGUAUGUGAAGCCAACGUUGCUGGCUGGGCUCACUGCCCUGUGCAAAAAGAAGCCAGCAGACCCAAUGAUUUGGCUCGCUGACUGGUUGAUUGAACACAAUCCUAAUAAACCUAAACUACAAUUUCAUCUCUGAGGAGGAGCAUCGAGGGGUGAGGGCUCAGUGGAAACCAUGUCAGGCAUUUCAAGCUACAGAUGUAUAUUAUCAGUGUGUCCAUUGACUGUGUAACCAAUAUUAUCUGAAAUAAAUGCAUUUAUCAUAACUACUUGUGUCUUCAUGGAAUAAAUAACCUUGCACUUAACCAGGA